UUUGGGUGGGAACCAAUUUGGGAUAACCCAUGAAGGUAAGACGAGUAUUUGUUCCUCACUGCUUUUGUUGUUGUGUCAAAUGUCAUAUUAUGUCAUUAAUGAGGUUACAUUUAGGGCUGGUUUGGUUACUAUGUUUCACAAAUAUAAGGAUGUGAAACUGUAUGAAACUUACGUUUGGUUGUCAAAUUGGUGACCAAGUCAAGCCAGUGUUUAACCCCUUCGGCCGCACUGUUCACUAAGAUUGAAGCUGCUUCUUAUCUACCUACUGAAGUUGCGAUACAGAUAUCUUGCUUCGAAAAAGUGUCUGAUAACACUUUUUCUUCCAAAGUACCCCUCAGUCAUUCUUCUAUUUGAAAAUAGUCAACAUCAUUUACUCAUUUUUCACCAACCUCAACACCCAAAAAUGGAACCCUACAAACCGGAUUUUUGAGGUACACGAAGAAAUCGAAGAGGAAGAAGGAGCAAUAGCAGAAAACGGUAAGAUAAUGUUUUGUAUUUUCUUGGUAGAUCAUUGACUUGCUGUUCUGAUUUCGUGUCUGACUCAACACCACCGGUGGAUUUAAGAACGCUCGAUGUUAGAUGUCCAAGGAUUCAAUUACUCCCUCUAUUUCCCCCCUCUCACAUCUUCCAAUUUUUAAAUUGACAAUCAGAUUCUAGUCUGCUGCCUUGAAGAGAUCUGUUGUGCACAGCCCACAAUAUACAUUAACGUAGUGCAAGGAAUAAUCGUAGCCUCGGCGAGAACAACAACCCAGUAAGUUCGUUAAAUUGGACAGGAAUCUUUCAUUUGUAAGGUUGAUGCUUUAUACUCGUCCCUUACAGUUUACUCUUCUCCUACCUGUUGAUUGACUGGUAAGUGGGAAAAUUGAAAAUAUUUUGAAAGGGUUUGCGCUUUCUACUGCAAGGAUUCAUCAUUGUCUGACGCGUGGAUGUAUGAACCAAGUUUAUUCCUUGCUAUUUGAUGGCGUUUUGUCAAAUUAUAUGGUUGUUGUGUUGUUUUGAAGCUUGAACUACUUGUUGUUGUUACAUCAUUUUGUCUGAAUUUCUCAAAAAUUAUAUACAUUGUUCAGCUUGUUAAGUUUUAUUUACACAAGGUCAUGGUAGUCUACCUACUUGCUUCUAUAUUCAGCUCAGAUUGGUUCAUAUGAAUGAAAAGUUUGUCCUUUUUUUUCUGUGCAGAAAAUUGAACCUGUUGAUUUUGUAUUUUACUUCAUUUCAUGACACCUCCUUUGCCCAUAUCUACAACCAUUUACAUUAUGGUAGAAGACAUAAUGAAUCUUUUCCACUUGCAAACUACCAGAAUCUUGUAUCUCUACUUGAGGCACGGUAGACGUCUGCAUGGACGUCUUAGGCGGCACUUGAUUAGGCCCUACUCUCUACUACGUCGGAUUCCUGCCCAAGUCCGGCAUAUGAGCCAGCUUGUCUUUGUUAGCGAUAUCGAUUUGCUGCACAAUUUUAUCUGGGGUGAAAUGACACAUGAUCUAGUUGAGGAAGCACUUGAUUUUGGCACACAAGAUGUAGCUGAACACGUCGACUAUGCUGACAUGGAAUACAUUGACCAAGUUGAAGCUACAUCUGAUUGGACUCGAAUGCGCGAAGACUUGGCAAAUUCCAUGUGGUUAAAUCGUGGGAAUGUCGACACAUCAACUGAAGAUGGUGAACUAAUACCAGAGUGCAUUUGUGGUGGGGGAAGAUGCGGCUUUUGUGUGCAGGGAAAGAAGCCAAACAUAGUGGCAGGUUUUUUUAUAAAUGUCCAGCUAAUAUCAAACAUUCAAGUUCUUUUUUGUGGUGCGACGAGUUUGAUAGUAGGCUUGACGACGGUCGUAUCCCAGAUUUCGUCUUAAAUCAAGGAUAUCGCCCGGAUAAAGUUGUUGCUAACAUGAAAUCUGCCAAAGAAACAAGGGUGCUCACUAGUGAAUUUGGUUGCCAAUCAUGCGGUCGUUGUCGGGCAGAGGCAAAGAUGAACUUCAUCUUGGCUUUCAUUGGUAUACUGGGUGUUGUAGUGGGGAACUUGUUCUAGCUUGUAAGCUGUUCUGCAGAACUUGUUUAAGACAGUGAUCUACUUAUUAAUUUUAUGUCAUGUUUAGAUAUUUUGUAAACAUUGGGUUGUAUUUGAACUGCUUCAGUGGUGUGGCUGUCUGAUUGCUGGUAAAUAUUAUUGCUAAGCAUUUUGAUCGAAAAGUUGUAUUUAAAAUGAGUGAGUUUAUAACA